GUGGAUUUUGGAUUAUCAAAAUGGUACAAUAUACAGAAUUACGACAAUUUAGAACUGUGGAAUUAUCAUGUACUGGAUUAUUAUUUCAUCAUGCAAGACCUCAAGAUUUUGUAAAAUCUCAAUGGAUGUGUUUCACACCGAAAUAUUUCACAACAUAUCGUGUAUUUCUGGCAAUUCUUUUGUUAGUAUGGAUUAUAUACGAUAGUGUUACAGAAACAAUGAGACAUUUCGAUCAUUCUGAAUAUAGUUGGAUCACAUAUGGUACAAACUGGGCAUUUCUGAUACUUACCAUAAUUCAUAUAUCACUAGCUAUCUACUGCUUGAUUUACAACAUAAAAUAUCCUAACAAUGAACCAAGAUAUUAUCAAUUGAUAUGGUUUCUGUAUAAUUUAUCAUCAACAUGUAUACUUGUGGUUUCUGUCAUAUUUUGGUUUUCAUUGUCGACCAUUCCAUUGAAUGUAUUCGCAAGUUGGCAGAGUCGAGUUAAACAUUCAUUGACUUCAGUCUUGGUCGUAAUUGACACAUGCCUUUGUGCUAUUCCGAUGCGAAUGAUACAUGUCAUUUAUCCUUGCCUACUCGCUGUGAUAUAUAGUUUAUUCACAUAUUUGUUUUGGUUACUCGGUGGUGCAGGUCCUUAUAAUAAAGGACAAAUUUAUCCUUCCAUUGAUUGGAGUAAACCACAAUCAACAAUACUAACCUGUUUUAGUGCUCUGAUGUCUGUUAUUUUAUGUCAUGCCAUACUUUAUAUAAUCUAUUUCAUUCGAGUGAAUAUAAGCGCUAAAUUAGGUGGUCGAGGUUUCAUGCUCAUUAAAGAAUCGAAGGAGCAACAGUGUUAUGACAAUGAUGAAUUUGAUUUGAGCGAAGAGAUCAGUGAGGAUGGCAAGCAAACUUUCCAGAUAAGGAAGAUACAAAAUCCACAAACAAUGUAUCAAAAAUAUGGUACAGUUGAAUAGAACAUUAUUUCUUCAUACACGUAGUGUGUAAACCAAAUUUUCAUAUGGUUAUCUUUAAAGAAAUUGCUGAACAUUGAUUUAGUAUGAGGUGGAUACUAUUUGUUAGUGUCGUAUUCAUUUCUAUUAUCCGAUGUUAGACUGUUUCCACUUCUUAUACUGAAAAUGCGCUUCUAAUAAAUACCGACCAGGAUAACGAGGCAUGUGUUUCACCAAUCGAAAUUUCGGCCCUUUUUAUAAAUCCAAAUCAGAUAUAACAAAGAACUGUCAUUGGUUAAAUAUACUCUUUGAGAUUACGGUCACUUAUUGACGAAGUCAAGGCCGGAACCAGC